CGAAAUCAGCUUCCAGGCUAAUAUAAGAUCCAUAUCAUACCAUAACUUCAGAAAAUCAAAGAGGGAGAAAAAUGCCAGCUUCCAGCUCACAUCUCUUCUUCCUCUGCCUCUGCCUCUCCAUCUCUCUAUCAUUUGCAGGUGAGAUCCAAAUCAUUGUGGUAAACAACUGCAACCACAGUGUGUGGCCCGGCAUUCUUGGCAGCUCAGGCAACCCCUCCCCAGAAGACGGUGGCUUCCACCUCGGCGUCGGCGAGGAAGCAGUCUUUCCGGUGCCCACUGGAUGGUCAGGCAGGAUAUGGGGCAGGCAAGGCUGUUUCUUUGAUGAACAAGGGAAAGGCUUCUGUGACACUGGGGACUGCAGCGGCGCACUGCUUUGCAAGGGCGUAGGCAGCACGCCACCCAGCACGGUUGUCGAGAUGACAUUCGGAACUGCCAAAUCCCCCCUUCACUACUAUGACGUGAGUUUGGUCGACGGCUUCAAUCUUCCAGUCACAAUGUCCCCGAUUGGUGGAGGGAUCGGGUGCGGUGUGGCAGGCUGUGAGGUGGACUUGAAUAUGAUCUGUCCUUCAAACUUUGCAGUGCUGAAGCAGGGGAAGGUGGUGGGAUGCAAGAGCGCAUGCUUGGCUCUGCAGAAAGAUGAGUACUGCUGCACUGGGAACUAUGGCUCUCCAAGGAGUUGCAAGCCGACGCUUUUCUCCCAUAUCUUCAAGUCCAUAUGCCCGCGAGCUUACAGUUUCGCCUAUGAUGACUCUUCAAGCCUGAACAUGUGCAGGGCAUCACGAUAUCUAAUCACCUUCUGCCCUCCUCCAAGAUAAGAGAUGUGACACCAGCUUGUUUGCAGUUGCAGUAGUAGAUAUAGUCUGUUGGCUUUUAUAGAUGUAUCCCCAGAGUAUUUUCAGUUUCUAGUUAUGCCGAUUACUGUUAUUAGUUAUGCAACAUUGUCUUUGUUAAAUUGACUUCCCUGAUGGAAAAUCAGUUCUUAAAAUCUAGCCUAUAAAGGUGCGAUCAAAUGAGCUUAUUGCUUA